UGCAUUUUCACCAAAUAGUACCCAAAAAACCAAGUAUGAUUCUUCGCAGUUUCUUACGCUUAAAUGUUGAUAACCUGCGAGUGUCUAGCCAACGCCUCUACGCUGGAAUUCAUCAACGGAAUCCACUGAUUAAACUGCCCGCAGAGCGGCUAAACGAUCUCAAAGAUCGCCUUUACGGAGGGCCACUUCCAUCGGCUACUGACUGGAGCGACAUUCGAAAAAACAUACUGGACGAACGGCGUUUCACUGCAGCGAAUGUGGACAGCACGGUGCUCGGAUUGUGCAGUUCGCUGGAAUUUGGAAAGUCCUAUGUGGAUUUUUUGCGUUCGAAAGGAUAUGCCCUUAAUUUAGCGACGAUAGGUAAACUGUUGAGAUUGUAUCGCGUACAGCACACUAAUGGUCAGCUCAAUGACGAGGAGCAGAAAGAAAUUUUGGAUAUUUAUGCGGAACUUAGACAAGACAAUCCUAUGCUAGAUUCUGCAACUUGUGCACAUCUAAUCGGAGCACUAACGUUAACCGACGGUUGGCGUAAUUGUUUUGAACUACUGGACAUGAUCAAACUCACCGGGACUCCAGAUAGCUCUACCUACAAUUAUCUGAUUCAAAAAUGUUUUCUCACUGGUGAUAUGGAAGCGGGUUGGAACUUGCUGGAAGAACAGGCAGCCAACAAGCGAACCCCUAAUGAAGAUGUAUAUACAGCAUGGAUAAACUACAGUUUGAGUAAAAAACGAAAUCUGGUGGGUGACAUUCUUCAAAUGCUUUCGUUUACUAGUUCGAAGUCACUCUUUCUACCGAAACAGGUUGGAGCUGUAUUGAAGCAACUACCCCCUGAAUCGGGAAUAAAGGCCGUUGAUACACGAAUAACAGACUACGGAAAAUGUGCACAUUGCAAGUGCACCAUUGGCAGUAUAGUAGUUCCAGAAGAAUCAUUCCUUGCGCUUCGGGAUGCCUUCUUGCAGGCUGCGCUUAUCAAAAAAGAAGUUUUUAACAGAACCAACCCAGAAGAGCUGCAACGGUUUCAACGGUUUGUGAAACAAACUAAACCUUACGAUAUUGUAAUCGAUGGUUUAAAUGUAGCGCUUUCGACCGGUAACCAAAAGUCCCCGGUUGUUUAUGCCAUGCAAAUAGCGGCAGUAGUGCGCCAUUACGUUCACAAGAAGAAACGGGUGCUGGUUAUCGGGCGGCAGCAUAUGAACCGUUGGCGAUCCAAGGACAUGAAAUACAUUCGCGAGAAGGCUUAUCUUUUCCUCACCGAAGAUCUUUCGCAGGACGAUCCGUUUCUGCUGUAUGCAGCUCUGGAAAGCGGUUCUCACACGGACUUCUUCUCACGGGAUCUAAUGCGGAAGCAUUCAUUCUCGCUGGGCGAGGAAUUGGGCAAUGUUUUUAGAAAGUGGCAGCAACAGCAUCAGUACUCGUUGCUAACUAUUACUCCCGAGGGUAGAGUGUUGGUAAAAGCACCGUUUCAGUACGAACUGUACGCUCACCCACUAGCGGACAAUUCGAAAGUGUGGCACGUACCCUUGGUCGAAAGUAGUCUUAAAAUACCUAAAGUCGAAAAGCAGAACGAGUGGCUGUGUUUGAAACUGAGUUAGUUGUGAGUAAUAA